AUGUCGUCUGACUUGGAGACUUCCCCGGCUGCAAAGGCGCACGCGUUUAACAAGAUCCUGAACGCGCCGAAGGUUUCGUCGCGAAAUCAAUCGCCUACGGAUGUAGAGGACAGAAUAAAGAAGCUGAGACGUUUAAUCCUGACGGAAACCAUUCCCUCGUCGACCGAUCCCACCUUACGCCCUAGGAUAUGGAAGAUACUACUACGAGUAAACGAUGUAUCGGCUGGGACGUUCUUGGAGUACGUCGGCCGCGGGCCUUGUGAAGUUCGGGAGAAGAUCAGGAAUGACACCUUCAGAACACUGGCCACGGACCGCGGAUUCAAAGAGCGCGUCCGGGAAGAUAUGCUCGUACGACUGCUCGACGCCUUCGUUUGGCGCAACCACGACCGACAAGAAUCACAUUCGUUAGCCUUCACGUAUGUCCAGGGAAUGAACGUCCUCGCCGCCCCCUUUCUGUACACCAUGCCCUCCGAGCUGGAGGCUUUCUUCUGCUUCUCAAAGUUCAUCGAGGAGUGCUGUCCGUUAUAUGUCCAGCCGACGCUAGAGGGUGUCCACCGCGGGCUCAAGCUCCUCGACCGGUGUCUCAAGAUCCUGGACCCUGAACUGUUCGCGUUUCUAAGAUCGAAGAAUCUGUCCGCGGAGUUGUAUGCGUUCCCAUCUGUACUCACGCUCUGCGCAUGCACGCCUCCACUCGAGGAAGUCCUCCACCUGUGGGAUUUCCUCCUCGCCUUCGGCGUCCACCUUAACGUCCUCUGCGUCAUCGCGCAGCUUCUGCUCAUGCGCGACGAGGUCAUGGAGGAACCAAGCCCUAUGAAACGACUCCGCCAGUUCCCGCCCCUCGAAGCCCAGCCGGUCAUCGGGAUAUGCGUCACGCUGGUCCGUGAUCUCCCGCCUGAACUGUACGACGAGCUCGUCCGGCAUCCGUACGACGUCCAUGAGACUUGAAGUCACCCUCCACCCUUCGCCUGUCCCUUCUAUGCUCCGCUAAUAUGUCUCUCAUGCUGUCGUGUCUUCCUUGCUUUCGUUCCUGUUGCCGCUCUCGAUGUCCCUUGUUCUGAAUCAUCAGGUAAUGCUGCGCUCGAAGUAGUUCGUGCGUACUGGCACUCCGCCGAAGUGAUACCAUAAUCGCCCUGUCCGCUCGUAUGUCCUUUGGACUGUAGCC